UAAACAUCUGUUCAUGAUGGAUCCCCUUCCCCUCUGGGGGUUCGUCUCAAUCCAAACCACUGACUCUGUUCAUCCUAUAAAAAUGGUGAUGGCUGUUGCUUUCUUGGAGCGUCAGGAUGCUCCCUAACACCACCAUCCCUCUGUCGGUGGACUUCGACCGUCCUGAGGACUUCCUCAUUUUCAUCUUUCACAUCCUGUUUGCCACCAGCGCCGUGCUUGUGGCCGGCUCGGUAGUUGUCGGGAUCUCAUCCAGCCGGUCCCUGCGAGGCCAGAACCGGUUCAUCUUCAUGCUGAACACCAGCAUCAGUGACACUCUGACGGGCUUCUCUGUCUACUACCUGGGCCUCUUCGAUGUACAGGAGGGAUACCCGUCCAGGAACGGGACCUUCUACAUUUUACCAUCAUUCCUCGGUGUUAAUGUCCUUACCUUUCUUUUUGCUCAGUUUGACCGCUACCUUGCUGUGUGCCAUCCUUUCUUUUACAACCGCUACAUAACAAGGCCUGCUGUCAUUUUAAUGUGUGGGUUCUGCUGGCUCUACACCUACUUGAUCCUGACGGUGCAGAACUUAGUGCCCAUCUCAAAGGCAGCUCAGUUAAAUGCAUUCGGUGUGAUGACCCUGCAGAUUAUAGUUUUCAUUAAGGUGGUCAUGACGGUCAAACUGUAUAUCAUAGCUAGGGGACAGCUGGUGAGAGAGGCUCCCAGCGCAGACAGGGACAGCAAGAAGGAGUCUCUGCGCAUCAUUGUGUUUGUGGUCAUAUGUUUCCUGGCUCUGUGGGGUCCGUCCUUUGUUAACAUCAUCGUCAGGCAGCUGACUGGGAAGGGGCUCAGGUUCAGGAACGAAGCUACCAACCUGUUCGCCAUCAUGGCACGGAUGAACGCCCUGGUCACACCGGCUGUGUAUAUCUGGGGCAGCCCGGCACUGCGGGGGGCCGUGUGGAGAGCAGUGUGGCGGAGGGUCUGCCCCCGGAGGAGGGGGAGAGUGGCCUUUAAUGUGACCGGAGGGACCUUUAGGCAAGCACCUUUACCAUCAAAAACAUCAUAAAGAAGAUAGACUUAAUUGCAAGUUUACAAGCUACGUUAUUCAAUCACUUAUUAAAUAACACGACUUCCCAAAAAACACCUUUUUUUAUUCCUGUCAAUACACCGAAUGAAACGAAAUGAACAAUGCAACACUCUAUAUUUUUGUUAGGAAAUAUUUAGUAUUUUUAAACUUGAUUUUGCUGUUUUUAAAGGUACACAAUCUUUUAAAACAACCUGUCUCUACAGUUGUGCCAUUUUGCCAUGUUUACAAGUUUAUUUAUUUGAAAUCCAGUUUGACGUAAUAAUUUGAAUAUUUUUUACAGAAAGUUCAACUGUCUGAGGUUUUUGAAAUGUUGAAUUUUGAGAAGAUGUUGAGUUACUGUGGCUUGCUUUGAUGAAACUGAACUUAAAAGGAAUGUUGCUUUAAAAUGUUCUUGUCUUCAUAUUAGCCUUAUUUCCUAUGUUUUCAGAUGGAUAAUCUUUAUUUGUUAGAUCUUGUUUUAGGCAUUUCAUCACCUGAGAUCUAAUCUUAUUAUUUUCUAAAUUAACCUCUUUGUAUAAGUAGUGUUAAUUGUAAAUUAACUGUUUCUAAAAUGGACUGUUUCUAAAAUAUUGACAAAACUAAAAGUUGGCAUUUUUAAACAAAAUAAAUGUGUUUCAUAAAGUCCAGAUUUUCAAUUUUGUCUGGCAGACAAAAUCAAGAUUAUCACAUAUUUUUUCUUUAUUUUAUGUAACAGAUAAUUGCAAAUAAUUUAAUUUGCUAGACUUGAAAAUAAGAUAAACUCAAAUGGAAAUGUCUUGAUAAAAUGAAUAAGACCGCAGCUUGGACAAAAUGCUUGCUUACUAUGUUUGUGAAGAACUGUGGAUUUUAACUACCAUGUAUCCAAUAUAAAACAAUAUGUUUAUAAGUGGAAAAAGCUUUAAACAACAUUUGUGCUUUUCAGUUUUUGUAAGUGGAUAUUGGCAUAAAGGGAUGCCGGUUGACAGUGCUUCUGAAAAAUGCACUUGUAUCAAGAGAAAGCCUGCCCUCUUCUGUUAAAUGUAGUGUAAACCAUGUGGAAGAAAAUAGUAGUUACGGUUUGAUGUUGAGAUCUCAUCCAUUGUGUUUAGUAAGAACCUUAAGGGGAAAAAAAAUUACCUUCAUGAUGCAAAAAGGUGUAUAAACACCCCUUGUGUAAAGCCAGUCAUCUCACCCAGUUUUGCAAUAAUGGAAACCAUAAGCAUAGUAAAUAUAUUGGGAAUUUAUUUAGCCUCACAUUAAAAAAAUCAGAGGAGCAAAGAUUAGCACCCACAUAAAAUUAGUUACUCAACCCUUCAUUAAAGUAGAUCAUUUUGCUCAUCAAAAGUCCUCAUAAGAACUUUUACAGAUUACUAUAAAGAUUUUUUAUAGCAAAAAUCUCUUUAAGUUAGAAAAACUAAAACUAAAAACAGCCAUAAAUGGUAAUAAUAAUCUGAAUUCAUUAUUAACAAAUACAUAAUUUUAUAAGUAUUUCUGCUGUUUCUAAAAUGUUAGUUAUUUUGAAAUUAACGCAUUAGCACUUCAGUUUAUAUCGCAAUCUUUCGCUAUAAAUCAUUCACUUUGUAAAUAGUUAAACAUUGCUUCAGCUUCAAGUUGUUUCUCAUAAAACAUGCAAGUGAAUUGCGGCAUUCUUAAUUUUCAGUCUUGACCCAGUCAAACUUUCUCAAAAUGUGUGCAAAAUGACCCAAAACCUUAAAAGCCAAGUUCUAUUAUGAACUGUCAGCAGGCACCAGCAACCCCUGCGACCCCAUGAGGGAUUAGGCGGGUCAGAAAAUGGAUGGAUGUAUGGAUGGAUGAACUGUCUGCAUUAAAUAAAAACUUAAUCAAUUCAGAGGAGGAUCAUCAUGAAGAGAGUAUUAGUGUCUGGCUUUCUGGAUGCAAGUUGUGGUUUCCAAACCACAUGCUUCCUUAAAAAAUAAAACAACCAACACCCAUAUAGACACAUUAACGCUGAAAAAAAAAAUGAGGAUGAAAGAAAUGUUUUUGUCUUGGUUGUUAAACGUUUGAUAAGCCAAAACAUCGACACCUGUUGGGUGCUUUGCAAUAAAACUGUUGAUUCAGUCAAAAUUACGUCUGCCUGCUUCACUUUGACUGCUCUGAAAGGUGAUUUUAAACAAAAAUUGGAUUAUUCUAUGGUUCAGGACCUUGGAUAGCUCAUUGGUGUUGUGGCAUUUUCACUACUAAAAUACCUUAGAUAAGUUUAAGUCACCUAACGCAGGUUUGCAUAGUUUCUAAUAUUUUUUAGCUCCAACUUCUGAAAAGUGUGGAGUGCAUUUGUUUUUACCCUCUCACCUUGGACAUGAGUACUUGUUUUUUUGCCACACAUUAUGUUUUGCAUGUUGAACAACAAGUUUAGUCUAGAUCUGAACUGACCAGAGCCACUCCUCCCGCGUGUUUGCUGUGUCCUCCACAUAGCUUGUGAUAAACAGCAGACAGGAUUUCACAUGGCUUUACUUUAACAAUGGCUUUCUUCUUCCCACUCUACCAUAACUGUAAGAUUUGUAGAACUCACCAUCAACUCACCAUCAACCUGUCAUGUUGACAGGUUCUCCAACUUGAGCUGUAGAUCUCUGUAGAUCCUAUAGUAUUAUCAUGGUCCAUCCUUUGGCUGCUUUAAUUAAUGCACUCCAUCCAUGCCUGUCACUUUAGGGGGAUACGGUUUCUUGGUAGGUUUGAAGUUGGGCCAUAUUCUAUCCGUUUUCAGAUAGGAGAUUUAACAGGGCUGUAGUCCACAAAUGCAUCCAAGUUAUUUCUGGUGUGUGCUCCUUGGUCUUCGUGGUGCUCUUUGUUCAUCAAUGUUCUCUGUCAAAUCUCUGAGGCUUUCACACAGCAGCUGGAUUAAU